UGUUUGGGCGAACAAGUUGCGAAUUUGGUGCCGCCGUGGACGGAACUCAGUCUCUGAACUCUCCCCAGCGAAAACCCACCACUAAUCGCCUCCUGCAUCUCGCGAACCCCUCGUGCGUGUUUAUAAGACGUUCCGUUCUUAAUACAAUAUAAGGCAUCAUGAGCAAGCAACUGGCGCGCCAUGUGGGUCAGCUGAACAACCUCCUGAAAACGGCGACCACGGCAUCCACGGUUUCCGCCCAAAACAACUACUUCACCUAUGUCAAGGAGCUGUCGCAUCCCAUCGCCCGGGAGCCUCCAAUCGUAAAGCCGGAAGAGGCCGUGGCAUGCAUCAAAUCGGGUGACACGGUCUUCGCUGGCGGAGCCGCCUCCACCCCCGUGGCUCUGUUGAACGCGAUGGCCAAGCACGGCAAGGAGAACAAGCUGGAGUGCGUGACUGUGUGCCACAUGCACACAGAGGGUCCUGGGGAGUACGCCAAGCCGGAGUACAAGGACAUCUUCCGCUCGAACUCCUUCUUCAUGGGCGCUAAUGUGCGCAAGGCGGUGGCCGAGGGACGUGGCGACAACGUGCCGAUCUUCCUGCACGAGAUCCCGCAGCUGUUCUACAAGAAGAUCGUGAAGCCAGAUGUGUCCUUCAUCCACGUCUCGCCGCCGGAUAACCACGGCUACUGCUCCCUGGGCACCAGCGUCGAUUGUGUGCGAGCUGCCCUGCUGCACUCGAAGCUCAUUGUUGCUCAAAUCAACCCCAAGAUGCCGCGCACCUUUGGCGAUGCCAUCAUCCACAAGUCGCAUUUCGACUACGCCAUCGAGGUGAACGAUGAUCUGCCUCAGCACGGAACUGGCGAGAUCUCCGCCGUGGAGAAGAAGAUCGGCAAGCUGAUUGCCGAGAACCUGGUCAAGGAUGGCGCUACCCUGCAGAUGGGCAUUGGCAGCAUCCCCGAUGCUGUUCUCGCCGCCCUGCACAACCACAAGGAUCUGGGCAUCCACUCCGAGAUGUUCGCCAACGGCGUCGUCGAGCUGGUGCAGAAGGGAUGUGUCACCAACAGCAAGAAGAAGAUGCACCAGGGCAGGAUCGUGGGCUCCUUCUUAAUCGGCGACAAGGCUCUGUAUGACUUUGUCGACAACAACCCCUUCAUCGAGAUGUUGUCCAUCGACUAUGUGAACAACACCAGCAUUGUGAAGCAGCAGCCCCGCAUGACGGCCAUCAACAGCUGCAUUGAGGUGGACCUGACUGGUCAGGUUUGCUCCGAUUCGAUCGGCAACCGAUUCUACUCCGGAUUCGGCGGACAGGUGGACUUCAUCCGUGGAGCGGCUGAGGGUAUCGACGGACUGGGAGUGCCCAUCAUUGCCAUGCCAUCGACCACCAACAAGGGCGAGAGCAAGAUUUCGCCCACGCUGAAGCCUGGCGCUGGCGUCGUCACCUCGCGUGCCCACGUUCACUACGUCGUCACGGAGCACGGAAUUGCCUCGCUUUUCGGCAAGAACGUCCGCCAGAGGAUGUACGAACUCAUCCAGAUCGCCGAUCCCAAGCAUCGCGAGUCCCUGGAGAAACAGGCCUUCGAACGCAUCAAGGUGAUGCCAUCGCCGAACUAAGCACUGAACUCCUAGAGCCAACUACUUCCGAGCAGCAACCCGCAAUCUUUGAAGGCAUUCCCGAACUCGCUUGAUCCACUUCAUAGAACUGCAGUCAUGAUAGCCCUUAUAGCAUUACCAAAUGUGAAAUUACAAUUGAUGAGUAACGAAUUCAUGGGAGAAAUAAAACUGAAAAUUAAUUA